AUGGGUCAACAAUACAUGAACUCGCCUCGGGGAGACAGUAUCGAACACUUCGGGGUCGGGAACAAAGAUGGAAUCAAUUGCUCUUGUGUCCUGGCAGCUUUGCCUGAGAUAGACAGAAUCUUGAAGACCCAGCAUGCUCUGAGGAUACAAAAGCGAUUGCAAUCUGUGAAACCUUUCCCCUUCUUAUAUCUUCCCAAGGACAUUCGGCUCAUGAUAUACGAGCACCUCCUUACAUCCGACCGCGCCAUUCCCAUCCCAAACAAAACCAACGAACAGUUACGCGGCCUGAGGUUCUUCAUGUCCCUCCUUACAGUGUCGCGAUCUAUUCACGACGAGGCAGCGGCAGUAUUCUACGGAUACAAUACAUUCAUCGUUAGAUCUCUAUGCAUUGGCAGGGAUUUGGAGAUUGAAAAUGUUCCUGCGAUUCGCGAGAUCGGAUUCCUGGCCAAUCUAGAUAUUCGAUACCGAAGCAUGAUCAAGAAAAUGGAAUGGAUGAUGAGGCCGAGCUCCGAUUAUCGUAUUCUUACCCUGAUUGGGGACCUCGUAGGCGAAGACAUGUGGCUGACACUUCCGCAAUUGAUUCCUCGUUUGCGCAGUGGUGUGUUCUUCUUUGAGACAAACUGGUCUCGUGGUACGUGA